AUGAAGGCGCGAGAGUCAGGUCUGAGACUCGGGGGCAGAGCCGCCCGCGAGGCCGGCCUCGGGUUAGCGGUGCUCGGGUUCCCGCCCGGUCGCCCGCCGACCCGGAUGGCGACCGCACUGACGGACCCAGCUCCGGGAAGUGUGACCUUUGAAGAUGUGGCUGUGUACUUCUCCUGGGAGGAAUGGGAUCUCCUUGAUGAGACUCAGAAACACCUGUACUUCGAUGUGAUGCUGGAGAACUUUGUACUUACGUCCUCCCUGGGUUAUUGGUGUGGAUUGGAGCAUGAGGAAGCACCUUCCUCAUCAGUGGGUACAGACGUUCUACAGAGAAUUUCUUUAAAAGGAGCGCCACAGUUCAGAACUUCCAAAGAAGGUUCAUCUUCUCAGAAUGCCUACUCCUGUGAGAUAUGUGGCUUGGUCUUGAGAGAUAUUUUGCACUUGGCCGAACACCAAGGAACAAACUGUGGGCAGAAACGCCACACCUGUGGAGAACAAUUGUACAUCAGUGCAGAUCUUCAGCAGCACCAGAGGCAGCACAUUAAAGAAGCACCUUUCAGAAGUUACGUGGACACAGCCUCAUUUACACAGAGCUGCACACUCCAUGUGUCAGAGAAGCCCUUCCCCUGCAGGGAGUUUGAGAAAGGCUUCCUGGCCAACGUGAGGUUUCUCCAUCUAGAGGCCGCUCAAACAGCGGAGAAGCCAAAUAACAGUAACAAGUGUGGGGUGGCCUUUGACAGUGGAAAAAAUCAUCACAACUGGGGAAAAUGCAAUAAAGCCUUUAGCCACACAGACACCCUUGUUCAGGACCAGAGAAUCCUCACCAGAGAAGGGCUUUUUGAGUGCAACAAAUGUGGGAAAGCAUGUACACGAAGAUGUAACCUUAUUCAGCACCAGAAAGUCCACAGUGAAGAAAGGCCUUAUGAAUGCAAUGAAUGUGGAAAAUUCUUUACCUACUACUCCAGUUUCAUUAUACAUCAGAGAGUUCACACUGGAGAAAGGCCUUUUGAGUGCCCUGAAUGUGGGAAAUCCUUCAGUCAGAUCUAUAGCCUCAAUAGCCAUAGGAAAGUCCACACUGGAGAAAGGCCUUAUGAAUGUGGGGAAUGUGGGAAAUCUUUUAGCCAACGGUCUAACCUCAUGCAGCAUCACAGAGUUCACACUGGCGAAAGGCCUUAUGAAUGCAGCGAAUGUGGGAAAUCUUUUAGCCAAAACUUCAGCCUCAUUUACCACCAGAGAGUUCACACUGGAGAAAGGCCUCACGAGUGCAAUGAAUGUGGAAAAUCCUUUAGCCGAAGCUCCAGCCUCAUUCACCACCGGAGACUUCACACUGGAGAAAGACCCUAUGAAUGCAGUAAAUGUGGGAAAUCAUUUAAGCAGAGCUCCAGCUUCAGUUCACAUCGGAAGGUCCACACAGGGGAAAGGCCCUAUGUGUGUGGGGAAUGUGGGAAAUCCUUUAGCCAUAGUUCCAACCUUAAGAACCACCAGAGAGUUCACACUGGAGAAAGGCCUGUUGAGUGCAGUGAAUGUAGCAAAUCCUUUAGCUGUAAAUCUAACCUCAUUAAACACCUGAGAGUUCACACUGGAGAAAGGCCUUAUGAGUGCAGUGAAUGUGGGAAAUCCUUUAGCCAGAGCUCUAGCCUCAUUCAACACCGGAGAGUACACACUGGAAAAAGGCCUUAUCAGUGCAGUGAAUGUGGGAAAUCCUUUGGUUGCAAAUCUGUUCUCAUUCAACACCAGAGAGUUCACACUGGGGAAACGCCGUAGCUGAACCGAGAAUAUGCAGUUUUCUUUUAGUGUAAUUUUACUGGAAGAGUACAUCUGUUUUUUGAGAGAAACGUGUACCUGAAUUGGAAGCCUCAACAUCUGAAUAUACACAGUGGGCAGAUUCCCCUUAAGUUCCAGGUACGUGUUAUACUUUCUGAUCUACCAUUUAGAAGGUGUUACACUUUCUCACCUGCCAUUUAUGUCACUGACAGUUUCUGAGACAGAAGCCAUAUCACGUCUACCACCUAUGAGGUCCACACAGUGUGCAUGAUUUAUCACCUUAACCUCCUCAAAAAAGCAGACUUGUAUUUCUCCCCAUUUGCUAGCAGAAAUCAUGAAUAGUCUGAGUCUUCCUGUCUGAGAAGUUAGAUACUUUGACUCAGCUUUGUGCCAGAAAACCCAGUAUGAGUGUUGUUGGCAGCUUGCCAAGAAGGACGAUCUUUUUCAGGACAAUGUUGGUUUCGUGUGACACAUCCAUGGAUUUUUUUUUUCCAGCCUCUAAGUCACCAGCUUGGGAACUGCUUACGUCACCGUGCUUUGUUUUUUACAAUAAUAAAGGCAUUAUUAAGUAAGCUACCUUUACGUUGGUGUGUUAUUCACUGUUGAGGUAGUUCCAAAACAGAACUAGGCCCUGCCAGCUUUAGAGGAAACACCUUUGGAGGGGGAGUUGUCACAUUAUUUGUAUGCCUCGGAGGCAACAGCAUAACAGAAAAAUACAGCUGUCUUUCCAGCUUUUGCCUAAUUUGAAUCUGAAUUAUUACCCAAGGCUCCCUAGGAAAUACUGCAGGGUUUUACGUCUUAAUUUGUGGACUGGAUGCCAGGAUUUUAUUGUGGGCUCAAAGGACACCCUGAGGAAGUGGGAAAUUGUUGUGACAAACGCCAGUGCUUCUGGGAACAAGAUAACUUUGGUUCUUGUCCACAGGGGUCAUUAUAAUGACCAGCACUGUUGAGGCAGUCUACCCCAGGUCCUUCCAAGGAGCCAAGUGCCCCAGUACAGUUUAGUCGGCGACUGUCUCUGUAAAAUGGGGGAACCAUAAUCAGUACGGAAACCAAUGAUGUGGAUUAGUAGGGACUGAUGGAGACAGCAGCGAACUAGGUGGAAUGUUCCCCUUGUAAUAUGUUCUAGUAAUUUUGCAGGGUCAGUGAGUACAGACAUUCUCAGAAUUCCCAGGCUUGUGUCCUUUUUGUAGCUGAGGUGACUGUCAAAAAUGACAAUCUAAAGGUUUUGUGUAUUCCAAUAGCCCUUCUGGGAUGCCCACCUCAAGGCCAUUGCUGCACAGGUCCGGAAAACAAGCAUAGAAAAAAGGGGUGGGAGGUGUCCUUCCAGGAAUGUGGCUUUGUAACCUACCAUCAUCCUGUGAAUAAAUUCAAGUCAGUUUCAUUGAUUACCAAUGUUUGCUGCCCACUGAGGCAAGGUGUCCCUCCAAGGUCAUCAGGAAAGAGAGUUAACGUAAGGUUACCAGACCUAGUCAAAAACACAUUAUGUCGUCAUUAUUACAAUAAACAUAUCGGUCACCUCUGGUAUACCUCAGGCCUUCUAAUCUCUCCCUCCCCUCUCUGGCUCUCAAGGCAACCACUGAUUUAUACCUUCAUUUAUAAUAGGUUUGCUUGUAUUUUCCAUGAUUUUCUAUGAUUUGAUUUCUAAAAUGUCUUUUCUUCUCCAGUUUCAUUCAUGAUGCAUAAUUAUUUUGAGAUUCUUCAAUGAAGCUUAUAUGAGUUGAUCACUGUUGCUGAAUGGUACAUUUUUUAUGGAUAUACUAUUUGUUAUCCAUUUCUUUAUGAGCAUUUAGGUUAUAUCUAGUUUUGGCUAUUGCAAAUAAAGCUGCUAUAAACGUA